AUGCCUCUGGAAAUUGAGGAAAUCAAGGACUUCCUGCUCUCCGCCAGGAGGAAGGAUGCCAAGUCUGUUAAGAUCAAGAAGAACAAGGACAAUGUAAAGUUCAAGGUGUGCUGCAGCAGAUACAUGUGCAUCUUGGUCAUCACAGACAAGGAGAAGGCCAAGAAGCUAAAACAGUCCCUGCCCCCUGGUGUGGCAGUGAAGAAACUAAAAUGA